AUGGUGAAAUUUCUGGUGGAAAAUGGAGCAAAUAUUAAUCAACCAGAUAAUGAAGGCUGGAUACCUCUACAUGCAGCUGCUUCCUGUGGAUAUCUUGAUAUAGCAGAGUAUUUAAUUAGUCAAGGAGCACAUGUAGGAGCUGUAAAUAGUGAAGGAGACACUCCAUUAGAUAUUGCUGAAGAAGAGGCAAUGGAAGAGCUGCUUCAGAAUGAAGUAAAUAGACAAGGGGUUGAUAUAGAGGCAGCUCGAAAAGAAGAAGAACGAAUAAUGCUAAGAGAUGCAAGACAGUGGCUCAACAGUGGCCAUAUAAGUGAUGUCAGGCAUGCAAAAUCUGGUGGUACAGCACUUCAUGUAGCUGCUGCUAAGGGCUAUACAGAAGUCUUAAAGCUUUUAAUACAGGCUCGCUACGAUGUAAAUAUUAAAGAUUAUGAUGGCUGGACACCACUUCAUGCUGCUGCUCACUGGGGUAAAGAAGAAGCAUGUCGCAUUUUAGUGGAAAACCUUUGUGAUAUGGAGGCUGUCAACAAAGUGGGACAGACAGCAUUUGAUGUGGCAGAUGAAGAUAUUCUAGGAUAUUUAGAAGAAUUACAAAAGAAACAGAAUCUGCUUCAUAGUGAAAAACGGGAAAAGAAAUCUCCCCUAAUUGAAUCCACAGCCAACAUGGAUAAUAACCAGACACAGAAAACAUUCAAAAAUAAAGAGACACUGAUUAUGGAGCAAGAAAAGAAUGCAUCUAGCAUAGAGUCUCUGGAGCAAGAAAAAGCAGAUGAAGAAGAAGAGGGGAAGAAGGAUGAAUCCAGUUGUUCUAGUGAAGAGGAAGAGGAUGAUGACUCGGAAUCUGAAGCAGAGACAGAUAAGACCAAAACCUUGGCAGCUGUAACUAAUAAUGCAAAUACCACAAGUACACAAUCAGCAUCAGUAGCUGUGACAGCACCAUCAGUAGCUGGUGGCCAGGGGGCACCUACAUCACCUGUUAAGAAGUAUGAUUUCAUUCCUCCUAUCAUGCCUGUCGUGGAGUCAGUAGAUCCUGCAUCAUGGAGGCAGGGCUUGCGCAAAACUGGCAUUGUUCUUGUGCCCAAUAAGGGUGAAAAAUCUCUGUUUCCAACAUCUACAACCAAGGUUUCUCCCAAAGAAGAAGAGAGGAAAGAUGAAUCUCCUGCUUCGUGGAGGCUAGGUCUUAGAAAAACUGGUAGUUAUGGUGCACUUGCAGAGAUUACUGCUUCCAAAGAAGCUCAGAAAGAAAAGGACUCUGCAGGUGUUAUGCGUUCUGCUUCAAGUCCUAGACUUUCCUCUUCAUUGGACAACAAAGAAAAGGAGAAAGAUGGAAAAGGAGCUCGACUUGCAUAUGUUGCACCUACAAUACCAAGACGACUGGCCAGUACCUCUGACAUUGAUGAAAAAGAGAACAGGGACUUGUCUGCUAGCUCAAUACGUGGUGGCAGUUCCUACACCAGGAGAAAAUGGGAGGAAGAUGUCAAGAAAAACAGUUUGAAUGAAGGUCCUACAUCAUUAAACACAAGUUAUCAAAGAAGUGGCUCCUUUGGUAGAAGACAAGAUGAUUUGAUUAGUUCUAAUGUUCCAAGUACUGCAUCAACAGUUACCUCUUCUGCUGGUCUUCAGAAAACACUGCCUGCCAGCGCAAACACUACUACAAAGAGUACAACGGGUUCUACUUCAGCAGGUGUACAAAGCAGUACCUCAAAUCGUUUGUGGGCUGAGGAUAGUACUGAGAAAGAAAAGGACAGUGUUCCUACAGCAGUGACCGUUCCUGUUGCACCAUCUGUUGUAAAUGCUACAGCCACUACCACAGCCAUGACUACAGCUACUUCUGGCACUGUGUCCUCAACAUCAGAGGUCAGGGAGAGACGGAGAUCAUACCUCACUCCAGUACGGGAUGAAGAGUCAGAGUCCCAAAGAAAAGCUAGAUCCAGGCAAGCAAGACAGUCUAGAAGAUCUACACAGGGUGUAACACUGACAGAUCUUCAAGAAGCUGAAAAAACUAUAGGAAGAAGUCGUCCCACACGAACCAGAGAACAGGAAAAUGAAGAGAAAGAAAAAGAAGAGAAAGAAAAGCAAGACAAAGAAAAACAAGAAGAAAAGAAAGAAUCUGAAACUAAAGAUGAUGAUUAUAGACAAAGAUAUUCCCGAACUGUUGAAGAGCCAUAUCAUCGCUAUAGACCAACUUCAACUUCGUCAUCAUCAACCACCUCUUCGCUCUCCACCUCUACUAGCUCUCUUUCGACUUCAAGUCAACUAAACAGACCAAACAGCCUUAUAGGUAUAACUUCAGCCUAUUCUCGAAGUGGAACAAAGGAAAGUGAGAGAGAAGGGGGCAAAAAAGAGGAAGAAAAGGAAGAAGAUAAGUCACAGCCUAAGUCUAUAAGGGAAAGGAGGCGACCAAGAGAAAAACGACGAUCUACAGGAGUUUCUUUUUGGACUCAAGAUAGUGAAAAUGAACAGGAACACCAGUCUGAUUCAGAAGAAGGAACAAAUAAGAAAGAAACUCAGAGUGACAGCCUGUCAAGAUAUGAUAUGGGAUCCCUGAGCCUGUCUUCAGGUGAUCGUUACGAUUCAGCACAAGGGCGGUCAGUGUCACAGAGUUACCUCGAAGAUCGAAAACCAUACUGCAGUAGACUAGAAAAAGAAGAUAGCACUGAUUUUAAGAAGCUUUAUGAACAGAUUCUAGCUGAAAAUGAAAAACUGAAAGCACAGUUACAUGAUACCAACAUGGAACUUACAGAUCUUAAGCUACAGUUGGAGAAGACCACUCAGAGACAAGAAAGAUUUGCUGACAGAUCACUUUUGGAAAUGGAGAAAAGGGUGACCGGCAAGAGUCAGUAUCUACUGGGCG